GGCUUUUUAGAGAGCUUUCACUCCAGGAAGCCCAAAGCAAAUUGAAGCAGAUGGCUGCGAGAGGAGGAAGCAAAGCAGCGAUGGGGGCGGUGAAGGGCGGAGCCCUUAAAUUUGGUGGUGGGCCUUUUAAAUGCAAAUUCAGAACCAAAUCAGCUUUGCCUUCUCCUUCUUCUGAGUUGGGCAAGUUCUUGACUAUUCCCGAGACGGCUCGUUCGGAAACUUCCAAAUUGAUCACCAAGUUCAUCAAACUCAACAAUCGCGAGAACCCUGGAAUGAAGAAGGACAUGCUUGGUGAGGAAAAGUUGAGGUCUAUAUUGUCUGGGAAAGACAAAGUUGGGAUUCCGGAGAUUGCCAAAUUGCUGUCCGGGCAAUUUGUCAAAACUCGCUACAACCGCCGAUAGUUGCCUGACUUGAUUUUGUUUGAACUGUUGUGCUACUAAUAAAAUUGUGGCGUAGUCAGAAUAUGCUAUAAAAAUUGAGGAACAUAACUUGAUGGGCAUAUUUGUUUGAAGUUGUAGUCAGACAUUCAGUGUAUGGUUUAAAUCUGUUUGUGAUAAUUUCGUAAGUUAUUAUUAUAGCUUUUUGGGAGAAUUUUUCUGCUUCUUCAAGAGAAUUGUAUUCUGGAGAAAAUAUUAGCAAGCUGAGGAUGAAGUUUUUGUCUUUGUUUCUAAUGCCU